GUUAUGAAAAGCCUGUCUCUGAUACCCUGCCCCCGCCACAGACACAGCCUGGUGUAUGUCACAGCUUUGUACAAGAGCACUUCCAGGCACAAUAUAAGUCAUCUCUGACAUGCCCACAUUGUCUUAAGCAGAGCAACACGUUUGAUCCUUUUCUGUGCAUUUCCCUCCCUAUUCCUCUAAGACAGACGAGACCAGUGUGUGUGACUUUGGUGUUUAGCAGUAAAGGGCAGCGGUAUCUGAGAGUGGGGCUCGCUGUGCCUCUCUUCGGCUCUUUGGCUUGUCUGCGCCGGAUGGUGGCAGAUGAGGGCAAGAUCUCUCCCGAUCAGGUAAUAUUGACAGAGGUCUACACAACUGGUUUCCAGCGCUCGUUCUUUGAUGACGAUGACUUGACCAGCAUAGCAGAGAGUGACAUCAUCUAUGCCUUCCAGGCUCUGCCCCUUUACAUCAGGGGUGGAUCUGCACGAAUCUCAGGGUUGCACCACAGUCUUCCGUCCUCUCCGUACACCUCGUCUGGGCCCGAGGGUUACAGACUGGCUGCGUCGGGAGCGCUGUCCUCCGAGUUCCUGAACCAGGCAGACGGGAUGGGGAAGAUCUUGCUGCUGGUGUGUAAUGCAUCUGGAGCAGGACAGCAGGCAGUGAGAUUCGGUCCUCCGUUUCUGAUGAGAGAGGACAGGUCAGUGUCGUGGGCCCAGCUACAGCAGAGCAUCCUCAGUAAACUCUACUAUCUGAUGAUCAAUGGAUCGCAGGCACAUAAUUUCAGGGUGUUGUUCAAGAUUCGUGUUGUCGGGGGAUCUGCAGCUUAUAGCUACUUAAAUCCUCAAGACGGACGGCCGCUUUAUCACCCUGCUGUGGACAGAGCUCUAAAGCUCUGUGGCUCAGGUGGACCGCCGCAUGUGAAGCUCAUUGUUGAAUGGGAGCACAGAAUCAAAGACUGUCUGUUUGGUAACAUCCAAGAGGAGGUGGUGAAGGACUCGGAAAGUGUUCGUGCUCAACAACAACACCACGUCCAACAGCACAGCUGCACCCUGGAUGAGUGCUUUGAGCUCUACACCAAAGAAGAACAACUGGCCCCUGACGAUGCAUGGAAGUGUCCUCACUGUAAGCAGCUGCAGCAGGGCACGGUGCAGAUGAGCCUGUGGACUCUCCCAGACAUCCUCAUCCUUCACCUCAAGCGCUUCAGACAGGUGGGAGAGCGCCGUAACAAGCUCUCCACACUGGUGCACUUCCCCCUCACUGGCCUCGAUAUGGGCCGCCACAUGGUCAAGAGGAGCAGCUGUGCCCGACCACCGCCCGGCUGGAAACAACAGGCCCAUCAGCAGCCUGAAGCCAGCCGACACACGCUGACCUUCCUGUAUGACCUGUACGCCGUGUGUAACCAUCAUGGAGGCAUGCAUGGAGGCCAUUACACAGCAUACUGCAGGAACUCAGUGGAUGGUCAGUGGUAUGCCUACGAUGACAGCAGUGUUGAGCCGGUGCCUGAGGGGGAAGUGUGCACACGUGGUGCUUAUAUCCUCUUCUAUCAGAGACGAGAUGCCAUCCCAUCCUGGUCAGCUAGCUGCUCGCUGCAAGGUUGCUCUAGCUCCUCUACAUCAGACCACUGGCUCAUCCGACUGAACGCAGACAACAGAAUUUCAAAUUCAACUAGCAAGCUUUCCAGUUCAUCUUCAGCACCUGAGCCCCAAAUACAAAUUCUUUCUAUCGUCCAUGAGCCUCAAAAGGAAGACAAUGAUGUAGUUGAGCCAACGCCAUUUGUACGAAGCGUCCGGGGCCACAGUAUGAGUAUGCGCUACCACUCCAAAUCCAAGACGGGCCCAAGCAAAGUUCUUCCACUGCGCUGGUCAUUUGCAUCCAAGGACCGCAGAAAGCCCUCCAGCAUCGCGCCACAACCUGGAAACGACGAGCUGGUGGAGUAUCUCGAGUCCGGCCGGCGGCCUCGAUGCACCAAGGAGCCCAUAGUAAGUAUCGUGGCUAGUCCUUCACAGGUCAAAGCUCAGAUUCGCGAGGAUGAUUCUCUGAGUUCCCCGAGCUGUAGCAGUACUGUGGAGCGAUGUAGCUAUCAAGGUCCGGAUUCCCCCAGACUGCCCGAAGGCCAGAGCAGACCAGCAGCAGACCUCAACAGCAUCACAUCCGAUGGCUCGUUGGCCAAAAACCAUUCAAAAACCAGGCAGGAGCACAAAAGGACUCGAGCCAGUAAGUCGCUUCAAGGUUCCCCCAGUGCACUUUCCAAUGGUACUAGCAACUGUUCAUCUUAUUCCAUAGACUCCUCUUUAAAACAGCUACCAAACCAGCCGGCUGCGACUAACAGAACUCGUCCCAGCCAGACGCAGAUAGCCACAGGGGACAGCAGGAGUAAAGACAGUGCCACCAUCAGUACCACCCAAUUGAAGAAUGAGGUGGUUCACAGGAAAACGUUUUCCAGCAAGAGCUUGACCAAACUGUCACUAUCCAGUGGGGCUCCAAAUGGAAAGGGCACUGAGGUGAGGAAAACUUGCAUUGCUCACAAGAGCACCAGUAAUGCAGUUAACAACAGAGAAAAACAGGUUUGUUCAACCACAGCUGAUAUGAAACGAGCCCACAGCUCAUCCAAUAUUCAGAGCAAGCUAGAUAUGACUCUGAAAAGGACGCUGUCACUCCAAAGAAACGGUCCAUUGGUGCCGGCCCCCCAAAAAGGACCAGCUGUAGAUAAAUCCUCCUAUGCAACACUACAGAAAACCAGAUAUAGCAGCACUUCACUUGGCAGACAGAGACCUGUGCCUGAGUCCUGCUUCUGAUGGGUUUCAUCCUCACUGUGGAAAUAGUGUUUGUACUGUAAAGUAAAUAUGUUUUAUGCACAUGACAACAUUUAAAAAUUGCAUGCUGUUGCUCUUUUCCAAAAACUAGUGAGCAAUGAAAAUCAUUUUAUGCAUGUUUCCAACACAAAGCCUGGUUGAAAAGGCUUAAAACACCUAGUUUUCAUCAAAGGCAGCAGGUAGUCUUU